AUGGGGGAACCUGCUUUAAGUGUAAACCUAGUACUUGAUAAGAAAGUUAUGAGUAUUUCUUACUCAGCAACAACAACUGCUGAAGAUGUGUGUACUACAGUUUGUAAAAAGCUGAGCAUUGGUCCAGUGGCAAGACACUUAUUUGCUCUCAGAGUCAAAGACAAACAGAUUUUCUUAAUGCCCUCUGCUACAUUUACAGAGAAAAAUCCGUCUUAUGACUUGAGAAUUCGUUUCAAACCUGCAAGCUUGGAUAAAUUAAAGAAAAUAGAUAUUAAUGCAUAUAAUUAUUAUUUUCAUCAAGCACGUAAUGACUUGCUAGAAAACAAAAUUCCUGACAUUGUAUUUGACAAAUGCAGAAGAGAAUUGGUUGGCUUAGGGGUCACUGAUAUGUAUAGAGUUAUGUUAGAGAAGGACAUAACCAAAGAGAUCGUUGAAAAUGAUUAUAGAAAAUAUAUGCCUAAAGAAGUGAUCAAAAGGCAUUCAUUUUUUGUUAAAAAACCUGUAAAAGAUACUUUAGAGAAAAUAAGGCGGUCUGGGCAUGAUGCAUGGUAUGUAAAAUCUGAAUAUUUGAAGCAGUUGGAUAAUAUUGCUCCUGAAUAUUUGUGUGAAGAAUAUAAAGCUUUAAAUGACAGAGAUGGAUCUAUAUACAGUGUAUUUGUUCGAGUAUCACCUUACCACCCCACAGACCCUGGAAUUAGAAUCUGUUUGGAAUCAAGGAAGGAUCAAUGGGAACAAAUUUGUAAAAUUGAAGAUUUGUGUCAUAUUUCAAUAAGAAAAGAUGGUACUGUAGAGAUAAGUCGCAAAAACGGCAUUCCGUUCUAUUUACAGUUCGCAUUACCUUUAAUGUACUCUUUUGUAAGCCUGUUGGAUGGUUAUUACCGUCUGACUUGCAAAUGGACAUUUAAUUUAUGUAAAGACGUUACCACCCCUUCACUGAAGAGUUUGUACAGCAUGAGAUGUCAUGGUCCUGUGGGUGGAGAAUUUUCUUACUCUAAACUUGAAGAAAAAAGGGGCAAUCAUCCAGGAUGUUUUAUUCUUCGCGAAUGUGAAACCAGAUACAAUGUUUAUUUUAUAGAUGUUUGCAUAAAAAAUUGCUCUAAGCCAAAGACUUACAAGUUAGAAAAACUCCCAAACAAUGAAUUAAUAUUCAAUGAUGACUUAACUAAGUAUAAAAAUGUAUUUCAAUUAAUAAAGGCUUACAGUGACCCUAACGGCUCAAUUUUCCUGCAGGAGUGUCUUCCACCCUCAGAAUAUGAUAAUUCGCAUCUUCUACUUUGUCAAAAUGAGACUUUGGUGGGCGAUUCUUUAACGGAUGGUUCAUCUGUUAAAGGUUUAAUACCAUCCAGCCCGCUGUGUAUUAACAACAGAGAUAUACAAGUUUACAAAGGUCACAAGAAACUUGGCUCCGAGGAAAGAACAAUGGUUUACAGAAGUAUGUGGAAACUAACAAAGGGGAAAAAGAUUGAAGUUGCAAUGAAAAUUUUAAAGCAUGAAUAUUAUGAAGAAUACCUAAAGGAAUUUUUAGAAUUAGCUGGUCAAUGGGCGUUUUUGCAAUCAUAUGCAAUCGUUAAACUGUUUGGUGUUACUUUAACAAGUCCAGUGUCAAUGGUGCUUGAAUAUAUGAAAUUAGGAAACUUGGACCAAUAUUUGCAGAGAAAUAAAUCGUCAUUAAAAGAAGUUGAUCUAAUUGAAGCAGCUACUAAUCUGGCGUCUGCUUUGUGGCAUUUGGAAGAAAAUGGUAUAGUUCAUGGAAAAAUUCGAUGCAAGAAAUUACUGGUCAGUUACCAUGAUGACAGGGUUUUUACAGUUAAACUUUCUGAUCCUGGAGUUCGAUAUUCUUACAGUUCAAAUGAGGUUCAUUGGAUACCAGUUGAGUGUUAUUCAAAUUUAGAAUUUGCCAAGAGAUCAACAGCUGCUGAUGUAUGGGCUUUUGCAACGACUUUGUGGGAAAUUUUUAUGUAUGGAGAACAAAUUAAACAAACUAGUCACAUAAACGCCAUGAAGUUUUACGCCAGUGGCAAAAGAUUGCCGCAACCUGCUUCCUGCCCUAAUGACAUUUAUCAAAUUAUGAAAGAAUGCUGGGAUGCAGAUCCGCACAGAAGAAAGCAACCUCAGGCUAUCAUGCGAGAUAUUAAACAAAUAUUUUAUCAAGUGUUCAACUCCAGAAGAGUUCAUUCAUAUGCUAAAGUAUUUACUUCUAAAAUGUCUAAAAGUUCUGGUUCAGUGUCCAGUUUGAAUACAAAUGCUACAGAUAGCACGUAUGUUCUGCCUAAUGAUGGUUUAGUAUCUCUCUCUUCUAUGAGUGAAAAAGAUAUCGAUUUUAUGUAUGGAUCUUCUACAAAUGGAAUCAGCGUAGAAAAAGCAUGGAUCCUUGGAAACUUAGAUUAUAGCGACGACACUGAAUCGUGCGAUGUUUCGACAAUUUUAUCCAACUUCGACUUUUCUGCCGCUACUUCUGCCACGUCAUUAAAUAGUUUGAAUUCUAUGCAAAGCGUUUUUGAGCUAGAUGGUGACUGUAAUGUCGUGUUACAGGGACGAAUUGGACAGGGAUUUUACGGGGAAGUUUACAAAGGGACGUUAGAAUAUUUAGGCGAUAAGGAUAUCGAAGCGAAGCAAGUGGCAGUUAAAAAAUUAAAAACAUCGGCAGUAUCUACCUGCUUGCAAGAUUUUGAACGUGAAAUAACGAUUAUGAAGAAUUUGAAACACCCCAAUAUCGUGGAAAUAUUUGGAGUGUUGCAAGAACCUGAAAUUUCUCUUGUAAUGGAAUAUGUACCGCAUGGUUCUUUGCAAAGCUAUUUAAAAAUAUACAAAGAAGUAUUGACUGUUAAACAAUUGCUCAAGUAUGCGUUAGAUAUUGCAAAUGGUAUGGAAUAUUUAGGGACAAAACAUAACAUAGUUCACAGAGAUUUAGCGGCGCGAAAUAUUUUAGUUGUUGACGAAAAUCAUGUAAAAAUUUCAGAUUUCGGCCUAGCUCAAGUAAUGGGACCAAACGAUUAUUACAUACUCAAAACAAGCCGAGAACUACCUAUUAAAUGGUAUGCCCUUGAGAGUUUACGGGAUGGCAAGUUCUCAUCUCGCUCUGAUGUCUGGUCAUUUGGGGUCACGUUGUGCGAAAUGUUUUCGUAUGGAGAAGAACCUAAACUACCGAAUGUUGAAGUGACACCUGCUGAACAAGAACAACAGGCUCUGUUAAAUUCAUUAGAAAAUGGAGCGAGAUUUCCCUGCCCACCUAUGUGUCCACAAUCUGUCUAUGUACGUAUUAUUUAUCCCUGUUGGACAAAUAGUCCACAUGAUAGACCCACAUUUUCUCUUCUGCAUGGUGAAAUACAAGAUAUGUUAACACAAUAUUAGUAUCAUAUUUCACAAGUAGGAACUAAGCACAAGGGCAAACUAUUACUCAUCAAUAAAUGUGCAUUUUAAUGUAAAAUUAAAUUUAAUCGAAUUGAUUGGUUAUAAACGUGUAAUUGUGAUUUAUAAUGUCCAUGUUUUAAUUGAUGCCUAUUUGAUUAAUUUUAAUUAUAUUGUGCAAUUAUGUAAUUUUAAUGUUUUUCAUAGGUAUGAUUGAUAUUAAACAUCUUUAUUAUUUUAACUUUAAUGAAUGUAUAUAUUUCAUUGUUUAAUAAUUUUUGUAUAAAAACAUGAAAUUGCUAAAGUUGAUUCUGUUUCUUUGGUAAGUGAAUUUAUUUUUCACAUUCUUUUUCAAUGUUCUAUGAGAACACUUUAUAAAUGUACCUUGAACACUGUGAUGUACCUUACUAACAUGAAGUUUUGCAUCGUGUGGUUGUGCCAAAUUGAUUAACAAAACUCAAAAAAUUUUAUACAUUGUAUUUUAUUUUAUAUCAUAUUUUUGCAAUUCCAGAUUUACGUAAGUAAAUUUUUAUGCGUGACUUCAUGUUAAAAAUGUUUUAAACACAAACCUUUAAUAGUAGUACAAGUAAACUGGUUUUAUUUUACAUGUGUGCCAUAUUAUGUGCAAUUGUAGCAAAACUGC